AUGUUGCUGCCCUUCCUCAAUUCUUCGUUCAUUAAGUGCCAACUUAUCACUGAACCACUCGAAGGGCCAUCAAGCAGAGAUCAAAAUGGACCAAGGUGGGCAAACUGAUAGUGGGAGAUGUCUCCUAGUUCACAAAAGAAGGGGAUUUUGUGAUCUCCUUUUAAAACUCCAUAUUGUCACAGGUAAAGGACAAUUCUGAUUACUUCUAGGGAAUAGUGUCAUAUUAAAACAUUUUAAAACUAAAUAAUAAACAAGGGCAUGAAACCUGACAUCAUCGAGAUAGCGCAUUUAAAGGAACACCUAGAACAGCAUGAAUACCCUCAAGUCAUUUAUACUUUGUAAAUGUAAAUUUUUAAAAAGGAACACCAGGGAUCUGGACAAAUGUUUCUGUUUUUUUUUUUUUUUUUUUAAUUAUAGCAUUUCUUUUGUAUGAGAUCAUGAUAAAUUAUCAUUCAAUUUUCAAGUCACUAUUGCUUGAAACAGGCCUAGAUCAAGUCCCGGUAUUCAGAAGCACAUAUAUUUAAAAUGAAUACAUUGAAUUCUAAUUUGAUAGAUUAGAGCUGAUUUUUAUGUCUCUAAUUUUAUGAUAGUUUGCCUUUUACUUUCUGUUUUUUUGUAGUACUGUCCACAGAUAUCGCACACAUUGCUUUAUUAGUUGCCAUGUAUGUCAUGUGCAGCAACACACCACCACCUAGUGGGCAAAUUGUAAUUAAGUAUGAGAAAAAAAAUCCUAAACGAUGCUGAAAUUUAAACACACAUACACACUUUCUCUAUCUCUAGCAGGGUUAUUCAAUAAAGUGAGAAAUCAAGGUGAAUUCAAAGUGAGUUUUAAAUUUAAGGCCAAAGUAGCCGAACUGGGUGCAUACAUGAUUUAGAGACUAGUUCCAGUUCGACUUUCCUUAACUUGAAUUUUACAUUUAUUUUGAAUUCGCUUUAAAUUCUCACUGUAUUAAAUAACUUUCUCUUUCUCACUAUUUGCAGACAUUUUAGAUUACAUACUUUUAAUUAGAAAUGGUGGAAUUAGAAGCAAAGACACAUUUUUUAGACAUUCCACCCAAGUUAUUAGGGACUGAUGACUACUAAGCAUAGUUUUAUUAGAAAUGUAGUUCAGCACUCUCUGGAACAGAAAUAGAAAAAAAAAUGUAAUCUGAUUUCUUUCCUGUCAGAAGAAAUGAAGACUCCAUAUAUUAACACCUUUUCCUAAUUUUAGUCAUUCAUUACUUCCUACUCCCUAUUCUUUGCUUAAUGCUCCCCAUUUGUAUCCUCUUUCUCUGUUAUCCUUGUUUUUGAGAAUUUGGAUUACCAAUAUGCCAGUGAAUGGAAAACAUUUUUUCAGAAGGAUACCCAGAAGGAGAGACAGUGGCAACCAGAACAUAUGAAUGUGCCUAAAUAUACACAAUUGUAAACAAUAUUAUUCAAUCCCCAUUGGAAAACAUGUUUAUUUUAAACAUUUACAGACUUUCAGCUGUUUGCAAUGAAUAACUCAAAUAAAAGCAAUUGAAAUAGCUCAACACAGCCAAUGCAUCAAGUGAUUUCCUCAAAUUCAACUGAAAAUGAAACGUAUAAUGACUUCUCCAAUCUCAAAAUUAUUCAACCCCUUCAUUUUUAGUACUUAGCACAGAACCCUUCUACUGUUAUGACCAGCUGCAAACAAGUUGCACAGCCAGACACUAGCUACAGCAUGGAUUUUCUCAUACUUCAAUUGUGCCUUCCACAUGCUGCAGGUUUCCAGUGGCAGAAUAUGCAAAGCAGCUCCAGAGCAUCAUCAAGCUACCACCAUGCUUAACUGUAGACAGUGUUCUUUUCAGCGUAUGCUUUAUUCUUUGUCUUCCAGACAUACGGACAAUCUGUUGGGACGAAAAGUUCCAAUUUUGUUUCAUCGCUCCACAGAACAGAGUCCAAAAACUUUGGUGGCUUAUUUAUAUGAUUUUGAGCAUAUUGAAGACGACUCUUCUUGUGCUUUUGGGUCAGUAGUGGUGUACGUCUUGGAGUCCUGGCAUGACAACCUCUGUGUUUAGUAAGUGCCUUACUGUGCUCACUGAAACCUCAGUGCCUGUUGCCACCAAGUCUUGCUGCAGGUCUUUUGCAGUAACUCGAGGGUUUUUCACAACCUGACUUCUCAGAAAUUUGGUUGCAGCCAUUAAUAGCUUCCCUUUUCUGCCCGCUCAGCCCCCAGAUCUACAUAUCCAUCAGUGGGGAUUGUGCAGCUGCAUGCUGCUAAACUCAGAGCUGGUGUUAUAGCUCUCUCAAAUGUGAGUUAUAUACCAUAUACAUUAUUGUUGUAUGUCCUGCACCUUGUUCCAUACGCACUGCACCAUCACUGGUUAGUUUCUGCUUUUAUUUCAUAUAUUUCCACCAUUGGAAGUCUGGAUGGUUACCAGUUGAGAACAGACUCCAGCAAUUGUGGACUAAUUAGACUUUAUAUUGGCGCAACCUAUAUUUUGUGUAUAUUGUUCUGCCUUGGUACUGUAACUACUGUUCCUUCAACUGUCUACUUCUAGUAACAUUUAUUACAAACAGCGGAAAGUCUGUAACUUUUGACAAUAAACAUGACUUUCAAUGGGGGUCUAAUAAUUUUAAUUACCACUGUGUGUGUAAAAAUGUAAAGCGUGUGUGUGAAUAUUUGUGUAUAUAUGAAUGUGUUUGGUGGGGUGACAACAUAAAUUUCCACUCUCCGUGCUGGGUAGCCUUGGCAUGCUAUUAGAGGUGGUAAAGAAGAGCUUAAAGGGACACUAUAUUCACUAGAAGAACUACAGCUUAAUGUAGUUGUUCUGGUGACUACUGCCUGUCCCUGCAGGCAUUUUUAUGUAAACACUGCCCUUUCAGAGCUAGUUGAAUUGGCUGAGAUAGUCAAUUCUGAUGAUCUCAGACAAGGAGGGGGGAGGGGAGAAACCAAGAAGCGCUGAAAUAAAUGUGAGUAAACUCACCUUUUACAUUGUUUACAGAAGGGGCAGUUACCUAAACAACACUUUCACAGAUAUAGUGACAGGAAUACAUAUUUGUAUUCCUGUCACUUUAGUGUUCCUUUAACCCCUUAAGGACACAUGACAUGUGUGCAGGGCCGGACUGGCCCACCGGGAUACCGGGAAAUUUCCCGAUGGGCCGUCGGCACCUGGGGCCGGGCAGGCAGCGGGCUCACCUGCGGCCGCAGAGGGAGCUCUUUUGGCGGCCGCAGGGGGAGCUGGCUGUUCUGUCUCUGCUCCCCUUCCCCAGCGCACUACAAAGAGACCGGGGCCGGAAUAUGAUGUCAUAUUCCGGCCCCGGUCUCAUUAAGCAGUGCGCUGGGGAGUGGGAGCAGAGACAGAACAGCCUUUUCGCCCUGCGGCAGCCAAAGGAGCUCCCCACAGGUAGAAAUUGUGUGUGUCAGUGUGAGUGUAUGUGUGUGUGUGUCUCUGUCUGUCAUGGUGUGUGUGUGUCUCUGUCUGUGACAUGGUGUGUGUGUCUGUCUGUGUCAUGGUGUGUGUGUCUCUGUCUGUGUCAUGGUGUGUGUGUGUGUGUCUGUCUGUGUCAUGUGUGUGUGUGUGUGUGUGUGUCUCUGUCUGUGUCAUGGUGUGUGUGUGUCUGUCUGUUUGUGUCAUGGUGUGUGUGUGUGUGUGUGUGUCUGUCUGUGUCAUGGUGUGUGUCUGUCUGUCAUGGUGUGUGUGUCUGUUUGUCAUGGUGUGUGCGCCUGUCUGUGGCAUGCAAUGUGUGUCUGUGUCAUGGUGUGUGUGUGUCUGUCUGUGUCACGGUCUGUCUGUGUCAUGGUGUGUGUGUUUGUCAUGGUGUGUGUGUCUGUCUGUGUUAGGUAAUGUGUGUCUGUCUGUGUCAUGUAAUGUGUGUGUGUCUGUGUCACGGUCUCUCUGUGUCGUGGUGUGUGUGUCUGUGUGUCAUGGUGUGUGUGUCUGUCUGUGUCGUGUGUGUGUGUCUGUGUCACGGUCUGUCUGUGUUAUGGUGUGUGUGUGUCAAGGUGUGUGUCUUUUUUAAGGUGUGUGUCUGUCAUGGUGUGUGUCUGUCUGUGUCAUGGUGUGUGUGUGUCUGUCUGUCUGUGUCAUGGUGUCUGUCUGUCUGUCAUGGUGUGUGUGUCUGUCUGUGUCAUGUAAUGUCUGUCUGUGUCAUGGUGUGGGUGUCUGUCUGUGUCACGGUCUGUCUGUGUCAUGGUGUGUGUGUUUGUCAUGGUGUGUGUGUCUGUAUGUCAUGGUGUGUGUGUGUCUGUCUGUGUUAGGUAAUGUGUAUCUGUCUGUGUCAUGUAAUGUGUGUGUGUCUGUGUCACGGUCUCUCUGUGUCAUUGUGUGUCUGUGUGUCAUGGUGUGUGUGUCUGUCUGUGUCGUGUGUUUGCGUCUGUGUCACGGUCUGUCUGUGUUAUGGUGUGUGUGUGUCAAGGUGUGUGUGUGUUUUUUAAGGUGUGUGUCUGUCAUGGUGUGUGUGUCUCUGUCUCUGUUAUGGUGUGUGUGUGUCUGUCUGUGUCAUGGUGUGUGUGUGUCUGUCUGUGUCAUGGUGUGUCUGUCUGUGUCAUGUGUGUCUGUCUGUGUCAUGGUGUGUGUCUGUCUGUGUCAUGGUGUGUGUGUCUGUCUGUAUCAUGAUGUGUGUCUGUCUGUGUCAUGGUGUGUGUCUGUCUGUCAUGGUGUGUGUGUCUGUCUGUCAUGGUGUGUGCACCUGUCUGUGUCAUGCAAUGUGUGUCUGUGUCAUGGUCUGUCUGUGUCAUGGUGUGUGUAUGAUUGUCAUGGUGUGUGUGUCUCUGUCUGUGUCAUGGUGUGUGUGUGUGUGUGUGUGUCUGUCUGUGUCAUGGUGUGUGUGUGUGUCUGUCUGUGUCAUGGUGUGUGUGUCUGUCUGUGUCAUGGUGUGUGUGUGUGUGUCUGUCUGUGUCAUGGUGUGUGUCUGUCUGUCUGUCAUGAUGUGUGUGUCUGUUUGUCAUGGUGUGUGCUCCUGUCUGUGUCAUGCAAUGUGUGUCUGUGUCAUGGUGUGUGUGUGUGUCUGUCUGUGUCACGGUCUGUGUCAUGGUGUGUGUGUGUUUGUCAUGGUGUGUGUCUGUAUGUCAUGGUGUGUGUGUGUCUGUCUGUGUUAGGCAAUGUGUGUCUGUCUGUGUCAUGUAAUGUGUGUGUGUCUGUCUCACGGUCUCUCUGUGUCAUGGUGUGUGUGUCUGUGUGUCAUGGUGUGUGUGUCUGUCUGUGUCGUGUGUGUGUGUCUGUGUCACAGUCUAUCUGUGUUAUGGUGUGUGUGUGUCAAGGUGUGUGUCUUUUUUAAGGUGUCUGUCAUGGUGUGUGUGUCUCUGUCUGUGUCAUGGUGUGUGUGUGUCUGUCUGUGUCAUGGUGUGUGUCUGUCUGUCAUGGUGUGUGUGUCUGUCUGUGUCAUGUAAUGUCUGUCUGCAUCAUGGUGUGUGUGUGUCAUGGUGUGUGUGUGUGUUUGUCAUGGUGUGUGUGUGUCUGUAUGUCAUGGUGUGUGUGUCUGUCUGUUUUAGGUAAUGUGUAUCUGUCUGUGUCAUGUAAUGUGUGUGUGUCUGUGUCACGGUCUCUCUGUGUCAUUGUGUGUGUCUGUGUGUCAUGGUGUGUGUCUGUCUGUGUUGUGUGUUUGUGUUUGUGUCACGGUCUGUCUGUAUUAUGGUGUGUGUGUGUCAAGGUGUGUGUGUUUUUUAAGAUGUGUGUCUGUCAUGGUGUGUGUGUCUCUGUCUGUGUCAUGGUGUGUGUGUGUCUGUCUGUGUCAUUGUGUGUCUCUGUCUGUGUCAUGGUGUGUCUGUCUGUGUCAUGGUGUGUGUCUGUCUGUGUCAUGGUGUGUGUGUGCGUCUGUCUGUGUCAUGAUGUGUGUCUGUCUGUGUCAUGGUGUGUGUCUGCCUGUCAUGGUGUGUGUGUCUGUCUGUCAUGGUGUGUGCGCCUGUCUGUGUCAUGCAAUGUGUGUCUGUGUCAUGGUGUGUGUGUCUGUCUGUCAUGGUGUGUGCGCCUGUCUGUGUCAUGCAAUGUCUGUCUGUGUCACGGUCUGUCUGUGUCAUGGUUUGUGUGUUUGUCAUGAUGUGUGUGUGUCUGUAUGUCAUGGUGUGUGUCUGUCUGUGUCAUGUAAUGUGUGUCUGUCUGUGUCAUGGUGUGUCUGUGUCACGGUUUCUCUGUGUUGUGGUGUGUGUGUGUCUGUGUGUCAUGGUGUGUGUGUCUGUCUGUGUCGUGUGUCUGUGUCACGGUCUGUCUGUGUUAUGGUGUUUGUGUGUGUCAAAAUGUGUGUCUUUUUAAGGUGUGUGUCUGUCAUGGUAUGUGUGUGUGUGUGUGUCUGUCUGUGUCAUGGUGUGUCUGUCAGUGUCAUGGUGUGUCUGUCUGUCAUGGUGUGUCUGUGUUUCUGUCUGUGUCACGGUGUGUGUGUGUUUCUGUCUGUGUCACGUGUGUGUGUUUCUGUCUGUGUCACGGUGUGUGUGUCUGUGUCACGGUCUGUCUGUGUCAUGGUGUGUGUCUGUCAUGGUAUGUGUAUGUAUGUUUUUACUCACCUUUUUUUUCUCCCCCACAUCGUGCUGGUCUCCCCUCGACUGGCCCUGCCUCUAUGGCUGAGAUCAUCAAGCUUGAUGAUCUCAGCCAAUCCGCACUGACACAGGAAGCACCUCUAGUGACCUUCUGAGUGUCUGUCACUAGGAAGCAAUGUAAACACUGCCUUUUCUCUAAAAGGUAGGAAACAGGAGGGAGACUAAGACAUUUUGCAUGUGUGUGUGUAUGUCUGUAUGUAUGUGUGUGUUUGUAUGUAUGUGUUUGUAUAUGUGCGUGUGUCUGUAUGCAUGUGUGUGUCUGCAUCUAUGUCUCUCUGUAUGUGUGUGUAUGUAUGUGUAUGUAUGUGUAUGUGUGUCUGUCUAUAUAGGUGUGUGUCUAUAUGUAUGUGUGCCUGUAUGUGUGUGUGUGUGUAUGUGUAUCUGUUUGUCUGCAUGUGUAUUUGUAUGUCUGCAUAUCUGUAUGUCAGUAUCUGCCUAUGUAUCUGUAUGUGCGUCACUGUUUGUAUCUGUAUGAGUGUCAUACUGUCUGUUAAUGUUUGUCAUUAAGUGUCUGUUUAUCUGCAUGUGUGUCCGUGUAUGUAUCUGUAUGUGUUAUAUGGUGUGUAUCUGCAUGUAUGUCAGUGUGUGUUUGUCUGUUUAUCUGCAUGUGUGAGUGUGUAACUGUCACCUCACCACACACAAUGUCACCCCCCUUCACCCUGCCACACUCACAAUAACUCCCCAAUCCUGUCACUCACCCAUGCUCACCUCCCGUCACUCUGCCAUAUUCACCCUUUUACACUCACCUUCUCUAGCACUGUCACACUCAUUCACCAUCACUCUGUCACACUUGCUCCCUUUCACCCUUUCACAUAAGGCCCUCCAAUUCUGUCAUACUCUUUCCCCUAACCAUGCAACACUCCCACUGUGGGCAUGAACAAAGCACAUGGAGGGGUAGGGCUUGACAUUCCCAGGGCAAUUUUCACACCGGGCCCUGUGGUUUCUAGUUACGCCUCUGGCCUUAGUCAUGUGUUCUCUAGAAAAGUCAAAGAGGGCUUCCUAUUGAUGCUCGAUUAGGCUAGGUAAUUUGGUGCCAACUGUCAGAGCCAUUCACUAAACACCAUAUUUUGUCUGAAUGGACAAAAUUCCGUAAAAAUGGCCAAAAUCCAACUGGAAUGGCAAUUCUCAUAAUUACUAAUGGCAAUUGCGGUCAAGAUUCGGACGCUCUGGCCAAAUCUGUACAGGUUGGAAUCAUUUGGUGUUUGGUUUAAAAAUCAGUCCUUUUCGCAUCCACAACCUAUACAAAGUAUAGGAUUCAGAAUCAUAUAUAUAUUUUUUUAAUCAGGACCUUAAUGCAUCCAUCAGGAUGUAUAUUUGCAAAUUAACAUGCUUUUUGCAAGUGACAGAUAAUUUGAAGUACUAUUUGCUGACUAGCAAUGCUAGCAGACAGUAAGCAAAUAGUUUAAAAACACUGGCUAGCGCGAGGAUUAAAAUGAAACUAUAGUGCCAGCAAAACAAACUUGUCUUCCUGGCACUAUAGCUUCCCUGUCUGUCAAGGACCCCCAUGGUGCAGAAGUCCCACUAGUGGCUGUCUGGUAGGCAGCUACUAGAGGUGGAGUUAACCAAGAAAGCUAGUUAUUUCAGUUUAUUAAAACAGUUAAAUACUGUGAACAAUGUUUGAAGUCCGAAUGACUCCAAACAGCAUUGAAUGGUUUUGCUCCAUUUAGUAUGGGGGCCUUUCAGACUUUAUCGAGUAACCCUGUGUGUAAUAUCUCUGAUAUCUAGGCUAACUGCUGGCUAUCUAAUUUAUACCUAUUACUUUUUUUUUUUUUUUUUAAUUCUUUAUUUUUGGAGUGCAUGAAAAUAUAGCAAGAGGGCUCUUCAUGCCCCAACAGCAUUGACAAGCAUAUAACCAGCCAUAUGUUAACAGUUGGUCAGCAUGUGGAAAGAUCAGCACAAUUUUUAUAUAACAACAUAAACAGAUUUAGCGUUCCUGUCUAACCGAUCAAUGCAUAACAUGCUUGUUGGCAGGAACUUUUCUAGACAUGCUGGGUGAAAGAUUGCGGUCCAAUAGAGAGUGGGUGCUUACUACGGAAAAGGUAGGUUAUUUAGUGUGAGAUGCCUCUCUACGUGUAAUACCUAUUGAGAAAUAGUAAAAUAAUAGAAAAUUAAACACGCUUACAUCUAAGCAAGUUAGGUACACAAAAUGCUAUGAUGCUUGGUAAGUUAAGUUAGUGUUUAUACCUAUUACUUUUAAGGGAGGAUGGGGAGCUAGUGGUCUAUGGAACCAUCCAGAUGAUGGCUAGCUCUGACCUCACAUAAAAGGGAAAAUUGCUAUGUAUGAUGAUAAUGUUUUAAGAAACAUAUGUGAACAAUUGCACAAACUUUACCUUUAAUUGGAAACAAGAACAUUUGAUAUUCAGACUAUUACAACAUUUAAAUUAGCAUUUUCUGUAAACAAAAAAGGAGAUUUUCAGCUAACAAAAAACCCCACGGUAUGCAAUUCAAACCGCUGUACAAAAACUGGAUUUUCCAAAUGUAUGUUCAGCCCUAUUAUGCAAUUCCAAAGGUACACACCUUUCAAAAUUCAUUGAUUUUUUUAUUGCUGUAAAGAAAGACAUUCCUUCUAAAGUCAUUCAAAUAUUUCUGCUUUCACAGGGAGAUACUCACUAAACAAUGAUCUGCAGUGAACCAAACACCAGAUUGUAAAACUAAGACACAGCCUGGCUGCUUUAGACUGCAAUUCAGUUUUCUAUCCAUUUCAAUGCAAUGGCUAGUGCAUAAACAUUAUUGUUCUCAAUGCAGUCCAAUGAGACCUGUCUCUAUACUCAUAGUAGCAUUUAGCUUUGCUGGUGUUGCCAGCCCUGAAUCCAGAUUUCCAACCCUUCUGUUAAAUUAAAUAAAGUCAAAGUCAUAUCAAUCCAAGGUCGCUGAGCACAAUCACAGGGCUGAAACAUGAGAAUAUGUAUUUUGUGUACUGCACACCGUUCUUCACCCGGAGAUUAAACAUACUUCUGUCCAAGACAGAAAUUAACAUACAAUGAGUAUUUAUACAAUUAAGUAAUGUUUUGUGUACAUAAUUUUCCCUUAUCAAUAGCCUGAAUGCAUAAGGCAGAAGGUAACUGCUAUAAACUUUGAUCUUUCUGUAACACAUUAACUAACACAAAGCUUCAGUGUUAUCCUCACAGUGGUACCAAUGGCAUCAUCCGAGAUAAAGUCUCAAAGUCCAUUGAGCGCUACGUGCGACCAUAUCUAGCUCAGGAGAAGGUAAGUGUAGUUUCUAAAUUAUUAGUAAAUUGUUAUUUAAUCUGUGUUAUUAUUACACUACAAAAUAAUCCAUCUUUAAUUUUGUAUUAAAUAAACUUAGUUCCAUAGUGAUCAAUAAGUGCCAGCCAGGGGAUAGCUGCCAACCUUUUGCCCAGAAGGCAAGUGGAACGGAAUCGCUUUAAUUGUUUCUGCAUAAAACUCAUGGAUCUCUGUGUGGCUGGCCCUAUGUACACUGCACAUGUGGUAAAGAGGUUUAAAAGGUGGAGUCUGCUAGAUUCACGAAGUGUGACAUCUCAAGUGAUUGAGUCUCUUUCACAGGACCUAUUGACACCAAUGUCUCAUCUACCCUGCAGCCACUUGCAAGCACUGACAACUGUUUUUAUUUAGCAGACGAAUGAAGUGGUCUUGGUGCCCCCAGGUUUUAACACUUCAGAGAAACUGCUAUGUUUACAUUGCAGGGUUAAUCCAGCCUCUAGUGGCUGUUUUCCUGACAGCCGCUAGAGGCACUUCUGCGAUGCUGAAUGCAAAAAUCGCAUUCAGCAUGCAGAACGUCAAUAGGAAAGCAUGAGAAAUGCUUUCCUAUGGGCAUUUUUAAUGCGCGCGCAGCUCUGACCGUGCAUGCGCAUUCCGCUCCUCUCGGGAUCUGUCGUCGGUGUGGGAGGAGAGGUCACCAGCACUGAGGGAACAUGGCACUGGAUUAAAGUAAGUAUCUGAAGGGAGGGGGACCCUGAGGUUGGGGGGGACCUAGGGUUAUAUAGUGUCAGGAAAACGAGUUUGUUUUCCUGACACUAUAGUGAUCCCUGAGGUUGGGGGGGACCUAAGGGUUAUAUAGUGUCAGGAAAACGAGUUUGUUUUCCUGACACUAUAGUGAUCCUUUAACUGUUAGUGGAAGAGAAAUUACCCUGAUUUACAGGAAAACGAGUGUUUUCCUGACACUAUAGUGAUCCUUUAACUGUUAGUGGAAGAGAAAUUACAUUUACAUGGAGGGCAUACAUAAUGGGUUCUCAGUCAGUAGUGCAGUGAAAACCCAUGUGUGUGAAUUAAAUUUGCUUUAUUACAGACUUUAACCAUGUUCCCACCUGACUAAAUACUUGCUUACUGAUUUUUUUGUUUAGUACCAGGCUUACUAUAACUAAUUUAUUUUUACUUCUGUACAUAUUUUACUUGUCUCAUAUAUAUAGGAAAUUAUAAUUUGUAUGUAUAUUUUAUUUUUUAUGUAUUUUAUUCAACAAUGAUUCAUAGGUUAGUGUAUAUAUAUAUAUAUAUAUAUAUAUAUAUAUAUAUGUCAUUGUUAUGUAUAACUGUUAUUCUAUAUUGCAUAAAACAUUAAUAAAUAUAUUAGGGGAAAAAAACGUGCUUUAUUACCAUGGGAAGAACUGUUCAAUAGACUGAAUUUGUUUUUCUAUCAUUUACAAUAAUUAACUGUUCUUUUCUUGACAAAAAUCAGUUGGCUGGUUACAGCAGUGGUAACAUCACUGCCUCAGAACUUCUAAGCUAAUUUGAGCACGGCAUUUUUCGAUUCAAAACCGAAUCUGUGUGAUGGUAGAAUGCUACACUUAUUUAAAGUUGACAGCUAAUUUAUUAAAUCUUUGUGUCCAAUUAAAUUACUGUGAAUGCAAGCACAAUACUAAGCAUGGAACCUGCAAUUGUGAUAUAGACUUCACAAUGUAAUAUUUAUCAUUAUCCCUGUCAGAUGUAAUGACACACACUAACAUGCAGACGGCAGUUUAAGGCAGAUCAAAAUCACAUGAAAAUAACCAGAAGUCAGUUCCAUUUGUGUGAAAACCUUCUUUCACAAAUCUCAGAAAAUAAAAUGAUUUAAAAAGCAUCAUUAUACUUAAUUUAUAAACCGCCAACACAUUGUGCAGUGCUGUACAUAGGUACAAUUGGCACAAGCAAAAAAACAGAGGUACAAUACAUCUCAGACAAACUAAAUUUGAAAAAUAUACAGGAGGAGUUGAAGGCAUUAUUACUGUGAAAACUUACAAUCUAGAUGGAUGAAAAAUGAAAUAAAAAUUGGGUACUAGCUAGCCCUAACGUUAAAAAAGGGGGAUCCCCAGGACCUCUACUAAACAGAGAAUGUCCAAUAUCCUCCCAUUUUGUAUGAUGGAGUGAGGAACUACACAUCCAUGUAAUUAUACCAUUAGAUGGUAAAUUAGUCCUCUCAUUCCUACGAUUUCCAUUCUCGCAGUGAAACCCCCCCUCCCUAAUUUCUAUUUUACUUUGUGACCUUGGGGACUGUCCCUUGUUUCUCAUUUCCUUCAUCAUACAUGGUUUCUUUUCUACAGCACCCAUCAAUUAAUCUGCUAGAUUAUUGUGUUGUCUAUUGAUUAUUCCAGUCUUAGCUUGCACGACGUUAUAAGAGCAUUAUAUGGCUCUGAAAGAGUGUAAAUCAAUAUAUUGAUAUAAGUCCAUAGCCAGCUAAAAAGGAAAAUUAACUAAAAUGAAUACUGGAAACUGACAAAUUGCUUUCUUGUGGGGGGCGGGGCCUGACCUUCAAGGGAGCCAGACGUGCAAACUAGAGCUCCUGUAUUAAACUACGACAAAAGGGGAUUAAACCCAAUUACACGACCACCAUGACUCAACUUAAGUGUUCCCGAGAGCAGGGGACCCCCGGGCAUGUCGUGGCCUGCUGGUAGCAGAACAGGGGGGAAAGUGGCCAGUCUCCUUGCGCUUGGCUUCCGGACCGAGUCCAGCCCCCCACCCCCCCCCCCCCCACAGGACAUCCCGGUCCCCUCGGAUCUGACCAAGCACGCUUACAGACACCCACCAAGCGAGAACACUGCGCUGACUGCGAUCUCAAAAUGAUGGACUUCCAACACUGCGACACGCAUGAUGUGAGAGCCUACCAGGGUGAAUCCCGCGACUAUGUUACCGAGGCCCUUAUACAGCUCGACUAGACAUUUGCCAAAUUCUGGCUCAAGUUCCAGUGGCUCAUAGCGACUGGGCUCAGGAAAGAAACAAGACAUGGCGGACGACCGGAGGCGCAGGGGCCUACUCAGGGCGCAUCAAAAGAGACACCAAGUAAGCAACCAAAUGGCUUCCCUUCCAGGCCGAGAGCCACAAGGGGCUCGAAGCCCUGCAUCGCCCACAAAGACGGAAGAUGGAACGAAAGCACCUACACCAUCCGUCCACAAUGCAACAGGGAUAGACUCAGACACUGGAAUAUCUUUAUUCCAUCUCCUCUCCAUUUCUGUGGUAUCCAUAAGAGAGAAGUGCUAUCUGGUUAUUGACAUCCAUGCCUACAAUACUUAGAGCCAGUUUAAAAGGCUCUAAAUAAGGUGAGCAAUUUGAGCUUAUACAUUCUAUCUGACUGCUUUAUCAUUUUGAUCAUACCAUCUGCACCAAAGAAUUCUUUUUUUUUUUUUUUCUAUGUUUCAUUUGGAGAUAUAAUUUAUCAACAAAAGAAAAGAAGAACGCUCCUGUUUUUAAGGUUCUAUUGCCUACCUUUACAGCAGCCGGAAGAUUUUUUACAUUGCAUGAGUAUAUGGAACUUUCUUUGCGGUUUCCUGAGGCUGGUGAGCGGACUAACUACCUCCACAACAAGUUUUGCUGUUUUUAAAUUGCUAUUAAUAAAGUAUACUUACCUGAGAUCUGGAUUGCAAGCUUCUUUUCCACGGAUCCCACGCACUCUAGGGGCUGAUCCUCCCUGAUUGCUAUAGCAACGAGUGGGGCUUUUACCACUCCAAUCUUGUGAGUGUAAUACCUUAAGGGCACCUUAGUUUGCUUUAUUUUAUAUAUCUAUAAGUGAAUUACUACGCUGCACUAGGAGCUCUCUUUCUGUUUUUGUCUCCUUAAUCAGAGUGAUUUCCAUGUUUGCAAGUAUACCUACAGAUUGUGCUUUGUUUUACCACAACCACUUUUUGUGGUUCAAUUACUUAUAAUAUUUCCACUCUAUAUACACCACUUUUAAUGUACACCGGGUGACUUUCACUCUCUAUAAGAUGUCCAUUGUAAAUACCAUUUUUGUUGUUGCGCACCAUCACUACUGUAAAGUUUAUCAAAAUAAGUCACUCAUCAUUUAAAAAAUAUUCAGACCUCCUAGUGUCCAUGUUCAAAGUGCCAUAUGAAGUGUCAUAAUCCAUGUGAACAAUCAUGUUACUAAACUUUAUGUUAUUUAAUGAUCUUAAUCAUCUCAGCCAAUAAAAUGCUUUCCCAUCUGUUAGACAUAGACACCCACAAGAGACAGGUUAACUCUCCUGCAGAAUGGCAAUGUUUCCAGAUGCAAUGUUAACACGUGGGGCGCAUGGCACUCAGACCAUUUCAUUAAGAUGAAGUGGUCUGGGUGUCUAUAGUGUUACUUUAAGCACAUAAGAGGUCGGGCCAUCUUGGGUAACAUACAUGUCCUUCCAUCAGAUGAUGAUCGGAUAAGUAAAUGUGUGAUGUGUUAUAAAGAUCUGUUGGCCGGAAAAUUUUAAUUAUUGCUAUAUGUGCAAUCCGUUUGAUGUCCAUAAUAACAUACAGUUACAAAUCUUCAGGCCAUAUGAAUUAAUUUAUUAUUACUCAACUUUCUAAAGCAAGAUCUUGGCGUCUAGCCUAAUAAUUUUUGUUUAAACAUUGCUGUUUGAAAAAUUAGACCUAGAACACAGUAUAAAUCUUUAGAGCGCCUAUAAUAAUGGUUGUAUGGCUUUUUACCAUUUUUAUUUUUAACAUGCAGGUUACACAAAAUGACUGA